GGCUCCUGGGUGGACUGCAGACCUAGCAGGGCAGAGUUCAAGGUGAACCCUGAGGGCUGUGUGGUCAGGGCCUUCUCACCGAGCACCUGCAGCUGCCCUAGCCUGGGGACCCAGGGUCCAAAUGCCAUGGCCCACCCAUCCUCUGCAUUGAGUCCCCUAAAACCGCUGGGCUGGGGGACCCUGAGCCCCAGCACUCUCACCGCAGGCCAGCAGAAAGACCAAGAAGAAGGAGGGGGGGGCCCUCCGGGCCCAGAGGGCAUCCUCCAACGUCUUCUCCAACUUCGAGCAGACCCAGAUCCAGGAGUUCAAGGAGGCCUUCACGCUGAUGGAUCAGAACCGAGAUGGCUUCAUUGACAAGGAGGACCUGAAAGACACCUACGCCUCCCUGGGCAAGAUCAACGUCAAGGACGAUGAGCUGGACGCCAUGCUGAAGGAGGCCACGGGGCCCAUCAACUUCACCAUGUUCCUGAACAUGUUCGGCGAGAAGCUGAGCGGUACGGAUACUGAGGAGACCAUCCUGAACGCCUUCAAGAUGCUGGACCCCGAUGGCAAAGGCAGCAUCAACAAGGACUACAUCAAACGGCUGCUCAUGUCCCAGGCUGACAAGAUGACUGCAGAGGAGGUUUGGCCCUUCGCCCCGCCUGCUGCCCCCUCCCAUGGCCCCCCAGGACUCCAGGGGUCAGCGGGGGGAGUGCCCCUGCUGAGAUGUGCUGCAGUGCUGCUACGGGACGGGUCACCCUGCGGCUGGCCCCAGCCUGCCCCUUGCCCUGGAGUGACCUCGCCCCUCCCCCAGACGUGGCAACAAGGCCAGAGCCAGCUGGAGCUCAGGGCCUGUCACUCGCCCUCGGGCUGCAACCCUUAGGGGCCCUUUGCUUGUCCGCUGCUGCCUGGA